AUUUUACAAGCGUGCUUCCUUUUCAGUGAGGUUGCGGGGAGAGAAACAAGAAUUAAAAAUCCCUGAAAGGAAACAUCGAUUUAAAAGUCAAGUACCCUCCCCCAGCUCAGGCUUUUUUUAAGACGGUGAUACGUGUAGGUGACCACAUUAAACAUGCCACAGAACGAUUACAUUGAGUUACACCGUAAAAGGCAUGGUUAUCGCCUGGACUACCAUGAAAAGAAGAGAAAGAAGGAGAGCCGAGAGGCUCAUGAACGCUCUCAUAAGGCCAGGAAAAUGAUAGGUUUGAAAGCCAAACUGUAUCACAAACAGCGUCAUGCAGAAAAGAUACAGAUGAAGAAGACCAUUAAAAUGCAUGAACAGAGAAACACAAAGAAAAAGGAUGAUGAGAAGACACCAGAGGGAGCAGUGCCAGCUUACCUUCUGGACAGAGAAGGUCAGUCACGUGCCAAAGUGCUAUCCAACAUGAUCAAGCAAAAAAGGAAAGAAAAAGCUGGUAAAUGGGAAGUUCCACUUCCUAAAGUUCGUGCCCAAGGUGAAACAGAGGUCUUAAAGGUAAUUCGCACAGGAAAGCGACAGAAGAAAGCCUGGAAGAGAAUGGUUACAAAAGUUUGUUUUGUUGGCGAUGGAUUUACUCGGAAACCUCCAAAAUAUGAAAGGUUCAUCAGACCAAUGGGCUUGCGCUUUAAGAAAGCACAUGUGACGCAUCCAGAACUAAAAGCCACAUUCUGCUUGCCAAUUCUUGGUGUAAAAAAGAACCCUUCAUCCCCACUGUACACCUCUCUUGGAGUAAUAACAAAGGGUACAGUCAUUGAGGUCAACGUCAGUGAACUCGGUCUGGUCACACAAGGAGGCAAAGUAAUAUGGGGAAAAUAUGCCCAAGUUACCAACAACCCUGAAAAUGAUGGAUGCAUUAAUGCAGUUUUGCUGGUUUAAAAACAUCAAAGCUGUGUUUGAGGAACUGACCCGGACUUUUAGACCUUGGUUUUCACUGGGAACUGUGCUAUUAUCUGUCUGAAGCAGACUUGUGAAUCAUUUGAGAACAUCAACAGUAAGAUCGCUCAUUGGAAGCCCCUUCCUUACAAUACAUAUUAUUAUUGGUUAAUUUCCAAUAGUUAUGUAAUAAAUGCAAUCUUUUUUUCAGA